UUCAGAUUUACGGGAGGGCACAGAGAAGCUUUCUGUCCUUCUUUUGCACACUGCUUUACCAUUUUAGCACGAUGCAGACAAGGACACUGGUUGUUUUUCUAAUCAUUGUUUUUGUGGCUGUCACUCGUUCUGCUCCAAUAAAUGAUGGCACAGACAAUGAUGAAAAAGACCUGGCUCAGCUAGACAAAUUGAUGGCUGUUAAUAAUGGAUUUCCUCCGACUAACAGCCCUGUAAAUGAAGAAUCUGCAUAUCCUCUCCUAGCAGGUACUACAGAGGGAAAGGACUCUGCAGAAAAAGCAGAAGGAGCAGCAAGUGAAACAGCAGAUACAACAGAAAAGCCAGGUGACACAAGUCACGAUGAAACCACCAGUGGUCCAGAUUCAAAAGAGGCCUCUGAAUCUGCGUUAAUGAAGAAGGACUCGGACAUGUCAGACCCAUCUGAGGAGAGUAAUAAAGAUCUUCAAGAUGACACGGCUGAACGAGCAUCAACAGAAAAGAAACUAGAUGAAACAGAGGAAGUAACAGACAAGCAAACAGAUCCUGAGAAUACUGACUCAACACUCACAUCAUCAAAAGAAUUUGAUUCUUCCGAUAAGACCUUUUCCAGCAAGGAAAUGGAGCCACGUGAAGAGGCUAACAAGGACUCUCAAGAAUCUGAAAAACACAAGGCAGCUGCCAGCACAGAUACCAACAAGGACAGUAAAGAACAAGAUGCGGAGAAAAACUCAGAGAUGGAGGACAAGGACAACACUUCCGACAAAGCUGUAGACACGGAUGAUGAUGUUGAUGAGACUAGAGACACAGAAGACACUGAUAAAAAAGACUCCGCAGAAAAAAGCGGCAGCAAGCAUGAUGAUACAGACAAAGAUACUGACCAUGACAAAACAAGUUCUUCAGACCUGACAGAGAGUAGUGACAGCACUGAGAACACUGACAAAGACAACAAUAGAAACAGCAACAAAGAGACUGAUGAAAAUAGAGACAAUGAUGGAGAUAGGGAUAAAGAUGCAGAUAACGACAGAGAUGGGGAGGACAGAGAUAAGGAUGAGGACAAUGACAAUAAUAGGAAUAGUGAUAAAGAUGAGGACAAAGACAAUGAUAGGGAUAGUGAUAAAGAUGAGGACAAAGACAAUGAUAGGGAUAGUGAUAAAGAUGAGGACAAAGACAGUGAUAGGGAUAGUGAUAAAGAUGAGGACAAAGACAGUGAUAGGGAUAGUGAUAAAGAUGAGGACAAAGACAGUGAUAGGGAUAGUGAUAAAGAUGAGGUCAAAGACAGUGAUAGGGAUAGUAAUAAAGAUGAGGAUAAAGACAGUGAUAGGGAUAGUAAUAAAGAUGAGAAUAAAGACAGUGAUAGGGAUAGUAAGAAAAAUGAAAGAGUCAGUGAUGGAGACAACAAUGGUGACAGUGACGCAGACAAUGAUGUUGAUAGCAAAGACAUAAAAGAUGAGGAGGAUAGUGCAGAUAGUGACAUGGACACCAUGGACGACAAAAGCAGUGAGAAGGAAAUGACUGCUGAGGGGGAAAAGAACACUGACCAAGAGUCAAAAGACAGGUCUGAAGAAUCUCUGCCAGGGUCUUUCAUCAUGGACUCCUCAAGUAAAGAGGACAGUCAGGACAGAGAGACAAGCAGCACUGAGUCCACAGAUAAAAACAGCUCUGACAGCAUGGAUCAUGAUGACAAGGACAGUGCAGAGACAGAUGGAGGAGUUUCAGAUGUCAGUGCUAAUAGUUCAGAAAUAGAGACUGUUGAUGCAACAUCACUUGAAACCGCCGAAGACUCUGAGGGGGACUCCAGUGAUGACUCAAGGGAUGCAACAGAGUCAAAAUCACAAGAGGACAACACUGAUGAAGACAUGGAUAUAGACACAACUGAUGAAGAUAUUGAUACAGGUAUGGAUGAAGAUGACACAGUCCAGAAAGAUGCUGAGGGAAACCCAUCUGACAUACCCAACCAGCCUGAUCAUCUAGAAAACACACCGCAAGGGUCUGUUGUUGCUAGCAAUAAUGCUUCUCUAAGCUCUUAGCACCCAGAAUAUCACUGAAUUAAUCAGUUCUACAGGGUCAGAAUGGUGACGUGCUAAAAGAAAAGUAACUGAAGUCAUUGUGCUAAUCAUCCAUUUUGAUUCCCUAUUAACAUGAUAUUUUACAACAUUCUGUCCCCACUGAUGAAGUGUCCUUGGAUGGAAAAUAAAUUAUUCUGUGUAUGGUCUGUUCCUUAUAAUUCUGACAGUCUUCAUUUUUAACAAAAAAAACAAAAAAAAAAAACAAUAAUAAUUUGCCAUUUAUGUUUAAUUUGGGAAGAAACUUGGAGACCUUUUUUUUAACAUAGGAAAUUUAAACCUUAGUUAUUAGUCAAAAAUGUGUUUGUAUACUGUUUUGUUACUGUUAAAAAACAAAAUCAGUGAUCAGUGACUUUUCCCACAAUGUGGCCCUGGCUUUAAAAUACAUUCUGCCCACCUGACUGCUCAAGCUUCUAGACAGACACUGUUCUCCUUAACCUCAGUCAAACAUUGUCCAGCUGAAAUAUUCAAUGCAAUUUUCUAUUAAAAUAUAUUAAACCAUUUCAUAAAAAACAUGUACUGAAAAUUUAGCUUAACUGUACAUUAAGUCCACAUCUCUGAAAAUAUAUUAAGUAAUGGUGUAGUGGUAUAACAAAAAAAGAUUGUUUGAUAAUUCUUGAGAGUUGUAUAGAUUAAUUCAUGUCACUUAAAUGUGCACACAGGGACCAAUUCUAAUAAAGACUGAA